AGCCAGUGACGUGAUUGGUAGAGAACAGAACCUCAAGUUGAUUGUACUAUUUCAUAGAAGACACAGCUUCAGCAGGGCUAGUGAAAACUGACCGUUUGAAAUGGCCGAAGAGAACAGACUACAAUCUUUUCGCAACAUUGUGAAUGACUACGUCGGUUACAGACUUCGACAGAAGAACAUUUUCUUGCCAGGAUAUCAUGAGAAUUUGCCUCCAUCGAAGGCAGCCCGUCAUUUGCGACGGGUAGCAGACGAACUCAUAGAAGAGAACAGCCAAUUGUUUGAUUCCAUGUGCGACCAACUUCACCUCACUCAUGCCACAACUUAUCCUACCUUUGUGGGAAUUGCAGAUGAAAUUUUCCAGAAUGGUGAAAACUGGGGUCGCAUAGUGGCGUUUCUGGCAUUUGGGGCCACUUUAGCUGUACAUUGUGCGCAAAAAGAGGAUCUUGCUUCAAAUAUUGACAACAUUGUCGACUGGGUCUCCGCGUACAUGAACGAAAAACUUAGCCCAUGGAUCGACGACAACGGUGGAUGGGUGAGUAAUUGUGGAUAGGAAAAUUAUCAGCGAAGAUUUGUUUCGCAGAGAGUAUUAUAGAUUUUAAAGAGAGGAAUAAGGUUAUACUUAGUAUAGUAAACGUACUCAGUGGAGUAUAAAAAUCGCUGAUUCACUCGUUGUUGACACAAGACUGGUUUGAUGAAGGGCGCGCUUUUAUAAAUAGUAAAAUUGUAGAAAAUAUUUUUAAAAAAUACAGGAUUGCGUUGCUCUUUGAAGUAAAUUAUCAAAAAAUAUAGACAGUGACUUUGUCGACAAAUCUAACAAGGUUGGAAAAUUCUUGGGAGGGUUUCGUGAAAAUUUCUUCUUAAAUAUUGUAAGCUUCUUACGGAAGGUAGCUGUUGAAUCCCUCUCGAUGGCCUUACUUCGAAAUAUUUUUUGCCCAUUUAAGGGAAAUUACAAAAAUCCACAAAUGUUCCUUUGCGCCAGAAAGUGAAAAAUUUCAGUUGUGAGAUAAAUUUAAAAUCCUUAUUUCGAUCUUCCUGCCCGUCAGUGUCGUUCGAUCGUGUAUUUUCAAGAAUAGCUCUUACUUCCCGGGGGACUUUAUUCCUCACUGGCAAGAGAAACUGUUUUCGUUUUUGUUGAUGAAGAGGGUUGAAUACGAAAUAUGCUAUAAAAAUAAUGUGACUAGCUAGCGUUUUCGAAAUACGUUGCUCAGUAAUCUAUAUGUGGGGGCAGAUCUUGGUUGUUCCAGUCGUUGAAUUACCAAUUCAAUGUUUUGGAAUACAGAUUUGAAUUAACAGAUUGCCAGAAUCAUCUAGUCGGCGCCAAGAUGUGUAUCGGGGCCUCCAGCUAGUACUUAGACGUAAAAAUGUUUGAAAAAUUUCAUUUGAAAGCGGCGGAAAUCUCUCCAUUUCCAUAUAUGUAACAUUUCUGGGGAGAUAUUCAAUGCAGAUUAAAUACUCUCUUUUUUAUCGCUUCCUUCCUUUUCCCCUCAAUUACAAUUCUCGGUGUCGUGGUAGGAUUUAACGAUGCUCCAGCAAGUUGAUAUGCGACAAGGUUACAGUUGGUUGGCUUCCAGCAUUAACAACAUUUUUUUGGUUCAAAUUUUUUUCCUAUGGGCGAGUCAAUUCGACCAUAUUUCUGUAGUUUGAGUUGAAGGUUUUUAGCCACAACAGACCUCUGUACUACACUCAAUAUUUACCUAAUGGAGAAAGCAGCUGCAGACGCUACAUAUAAAAAUAUAAGCAGCCAUACUUAGUGUGACCAUGCAGUUUUUAUAUUACAACUAUAUUGUUGAGAUUCCAUAGGUGGGAAAGCCCUUCUUACAACUUAAGGAUGUCUGUCUUGAAAUCUCUUUUGUGUGUCAAAAUUUUUUUCUCCUUUUGAACACUGAUCUCAUCAAAAGCAUGAUGUACAUAGGAUGUUAUAAUAAGCACUGUUAUCUUAAUGUAGUAGGAAAGUUGAAUGCUCAGGUGAACAGUUAUGUUACUUUCGGUCAUUAUAACACUGUUCAGGAAUGGUCUGCUCCUUUAUGUUUGCCAUAAAUGUUGCCUAGUGACAUUGUAUGUGCUCUGGAGCACAACUAAAUUGACUUAUAUCUUAUUGUAUGGUGAAAGCACUGCCAUGUUCUUCAAGUCCUUUGUUGGAUGGUCUCCUUAAACAGACACUUGAAAUGAUUUCCAUUGUAAAAAAUUCCAGGAAUCUCCUAUAAAUAAAUGGAAUGGAAUGGAAAGGUUCAGUUAAGCAUGGAAAGAAUAUUUAUAGCUCACCAGCUGCUAAAAGUUUUUUUCCAUUUUACUUUUGUGGCUUGUAUCUAGAUACUCACCGGUGUAGAGAACAGGACAAACUACCAUUGCAGGAGUGAUUGGUUUUCCUAUAUGGGUGAAGUAACAUGCUUCUGUUUUUGUUUUGUAGGAUGGUUUCAUUGCCUUCUUCAACAGAGACGACGAAUCUCCAGGAAAGGGGAAUAAAGGCUGGCAUGUCGCUGCUGUUGCUGGGCUUGGUUUGGGUGCCCUGCUCAUGUUGGCAUGCAGAUGAAAGGCAUUGAAAUUGUUGAAACAUAGUUACUGUAAUGUUUUAUAGACCAGUUUUAUCUUUUUCUUCUCUGCUGGUAUUUUAUCUUGCUAGUUUUUUUAGUUUGGUUGGACUUUGUUAAUAAUACAGUGAUUACAUAAUCUCUAUGUUGUAAAAAGAAACUGGAUGAAAGAUUAAGAUGGAUCAAGAAUGUUUUAUCAAACAUUUUGUAGCAGGAAGAAAAAUCAUCCAGAAGAUAGAACUACCAUUAUUACUGUAGAAAGGGAUUAACUUAUGAAAAGGGAGGUGGUGUCAGCUGUGUGUAUCUUUUAGAUCAGUGAGCAUGUUACAUUUUUAGCUUGAUAUGCAGGACUGUUGAUUAUCCAAGAGUGAUGUAUGUGAAAUAUAUUUUCUAGCUCAAAACUGCAGAUUACCUUGGGCAUUAAAGCAGUCAUUUGUAAAACCGAUGCACAGACAUCUUUGUAUCUUCUGUGAAGAACUUAUAAUUAUUAUUAUUUAAGUCAGUCUGUAAUUAAAAGAAUCUGUAUGUGAAUAUACAUGUACCAACACCAGAUACUGCAUAUUUUGAUUACAUUCUAUCUACAGUAACAUGAUAUGAUUACUUUUAGGUGAUAUAAUGAAAAAGAAUCUAUUCCAUGUUGAUUUCAAAGUGUUCAAAAUCCUAGAAGAUAUGUGUUCUCUGUGUUUCUUAUAGCGAAUGGCAAAAGAAAAAAAGAAGCAAAAUAAAGUUAAAAAAACUGUUAACAAGGUAUUUACGGAAAGGAAGAAUAUUUCGAUAUGUUUCGAGUUCAUACAUGCAAGUGUGUUGUUAGUUGAUACAUAUUUUACAUCAACUAUUUGAUGCCUGGGUGUUGUGUAACUAAAGUAAAAAAUAUUGGUGUUUUAAUUUGAUUUGGAGAGCAGCUGUGAGGGUUAUAUAUUUAUAUAUAGAUUUGUUUUGAAACUACUUCCAGAGAUAAAGAUUAUCUUAGUUUUAUUGCAGUGAAACCAUAAGGGUUAUUGAAGAUACAGCUCUGUUAAGGUAUUUAAAGUUUAAGAAAUUAAAAGUUUCAAAACAACAGAAAGGAACUUAAAGGAAAUUACUCUGAUAUGACAAAGCAACUUUCUCUCACUAUAAAAUUAGCCUGAAUGGAAAAGAAUGAAAUGAAGUAAUAAAGUUGUGUCUGUCAAAUCUGUCUUUUGAUUUCUUAAUCUGGAUUUACUAAGAUAAAUUACUGGAGGAUGAAAAAUAGAUCUUUUGCCUCAUUUGCAUUUAUUUUUAAGGUCUUGAAUCUUUCACUAAUGAAUUGUUUUCCUCUUACUUUAGGGAAAUUCAUGGGGAGGCAACCUAUCAAGGAGAGGUGUUUUGAUAACAGACAGUAUGGUGCCCCCAUACAAAAUUUAAUUUGAAAAACAAACCCUUUCUUGUGAUGAGUUAUUUUUAGAAUUUUUCAAUUUUGCAUGAAUCAGCAGGUGUUUUUUAAGGGUUACAUAAAAUGUGACUUUCAGUCUCAUCUUUUAAAAAAAAAUCACAAGAUUAUCGAACAAAUUUUCCCCAAAUUCAGGAAUCAAUUAAAAAGAGGAACAGGUCAGUGUUCUGCUUUCUUCAUAAUUACACAAGACUGAAACUGAAAAUUAUCUCAUGAUUUUUCCUUAACACUUCUCUGGAAUAGGCAUUUUGGAAGUUAGGGUAUAAAAUAAAAUUGGCUUAUUUUCAAAACAAUGUUUAUUUUAUCUAAGUUAAAAACGUCAUUGUGUGG